AAGUAUAUAUAUUUAUAUAUGUAUUUUUUUUUUUUAAAACACCAGGAUUAGAGCCGCUGGUUGGAUUCAAAUGAGCAAUUUAUUGGAUUUCAAAGUGAAACCAGCGUUUGGUGUCGAUCUGGAUCUGGAGGGGAAGGAGGAGAACCACGGCGCAUGCGCAGACUGCGCUCCCCGUCUUAUUAAUUUUUAAUGGAAAAUGGCUGCGUUUCUCAUCCAAACCUCCGGAGCUGGGAAAUAAAAAAUAAAGCAGCCGACCAGCAGAACCUUAUUCACGUUCUCACACACACACACACACGCUCACAACGACCCGCUGCAGGGCUGCACGUCAGCGGGCCGACGUCCUGUGGAGCGACAACAUUUUGGGGGAAAAUGGAUCCACUCACGCUUUGAGGGAUGAAAGAUCAUUUUUCUCCUUAACCCGUUCUGCGAACAAUCGAGCAGACGAUGAUGCGCCAGGUGACGAGCACCGACUUCUGCAUGAGCAGCAGGCCGUCGUGCCUGGCAGACGAUGGCCACCACCCCGCCUCCCACUUUGACCUGUGCACCUCACAGUCCAACAAGUUCUACCCUCCUCCGCCUCCUUCUCUCCAGAUGACACUGACGCCCAUGGCCUUACCCACCCAGAGCCACAAGCACAUGGCGUGCCAGAGACAGGAAUUGCUUGGGGGCAAUCCCCGCUCACCUGGAAAAAUGCAGAGCAUUAAAAGCACCGAUCAGGCGCCGGACGACCCCAAGAAGAAGAACAAGGCCGGUGGGAAGACGGGCAGACGCGGGAGGCCUUUGGGAACCACCAAGCUGGCCGGAUACAGAACCAGCACGGGACGACCCCUCGGCACCACCAGAGCUGCUGGUUUCAAGACGAGCCCCGGAAGACCACUGGGUACCACCAGGGCAGCGGGCUACAAGGUCAGCCCGGGACGACCUCCCGGCAGCAUCAAGGGCCUCUCUCGCAUCAACAAACUGGCUUAUGGUAGCACCUGCAGCGGAGCGGCUUUCCCAUAUCCGCUACCACACAAAGAAAUUCUCUGUGAACCUUCCUGCAAAGAGAAGACGACUAACGAGUAAAGGCGGAAUAAGAGAUGCAUGUGUGCAGGUUUCCUGUCGGAUAUUGGGGGGGAGCUGACUGUGAUCUCUUCCAGUGCGCUGUGAGGCCGAGGGGAGAUGAUUUUCUAUGAUUCGUGUUGGUGUCAUCUGUGUGCCUGCCACCUGAUAUAAUGCUGUUAAUUUUUCAGUGCUACUGCUGGAGAUCUAGAGCCUGUGAAAUUGUCUUGGGGAAAGAAAAAAAAGAAAUUCCAGAUGUUCAUUGAACAAGGGUCUUUUAUCUUAGUAACAACUGCAGUGGUAAUUCAAGUUAAAUUAGAUUUUAACAUCGAUGUUUUAAAAUGUGAGGACUUCGACGCAGGAGACCAUUGUUCAGACGAUUGAAAGCCACAAGUGUGAAAUUUGCUGGGAUACUUUACAGCAAAAAAGAAACAAGGACUCAUUUACUUUAUAUGUUCAUCAUCCUACAGUUUGAAUAUCAAAUCAGCUAAUGUUGAAUAUCCACUCUUGUUCUUGCUCUUUUUCUUCAAACAGACAGUAAGAAAGAAGGGAAGAGAGGAACAAGACACAGUGUUGUUUUUGCAGCAGGAAGGUUUGUUGGAAAUUUGGUCUUAAAUUCAAAAAAGAAAAACUAAAUGUUAUACCUUUUGUGUCACAUUUGUAAAAUGGGAGGUAUGUGUCUGCUUUUGAGAUGGAACAGUUGGGGACUAAGUGCCUUGCUCAACGGCACUUCAACAAUAGAUGUAGCUAGAAUCAGGCUGACAGAACCCAAAAACUGAAAACUAGUUAAUACAACAUUCUCCACAAACUUAACACUGCUGAGGAACUCUCCCUGUUCACUCUAUAAAGGUCACCUCCCAGAAUGUAUUCAUAUUAUUUGCAUGCAGAUGUGCUCAAAGCAGCUGAAACUCACAGACUCUCAGUCAGGAUUCCGAACUAUCUUUAUUUUACUCAAAAGUAUAAAACUAAAGAUGCAUAAACUUUCUGCAGCAACUGAUCCACCUGAUGCUUUUUCUUCCAAACUGCUGAAAAUUGGUUUCAUGUGGACUGUGGCUGCUUCAUUUGCUUAUGAAUCACCAUGGAAAUGUUGACUUUGUGUAAAUGUGAAUGAACAGUGUUUAUAUGUUCUGCUUGUCACUUAACCGCUUUUCAUAAUGGUUUAAUAUGUAGUAGUUCAUCCUAACAACUAGACAGUUCACAGCCCCGAUACUCACUGGUGGUUGAAAUGGUCUCUCUGCUUUUAUUUUAUAAACUUGGAAUGGGCCGGGUGCUGCUACACAUACCCAAAUUUCACUUUUAUUUUUAACCAACUCCUUUUUUUCCCACACAACCCAUUUUCUUUUUUACCCCAAAUUUCUCAGAAGCAUCUUUGUGUAAUGUUGUUUCUCCAAAAAUACACUUUAAAUUUUGAUUUAAAUUCAUAUCAAAGAAUAGGAAAACAAGAGUAAAAAUCUGUAGAUACAAAUUUCCAUUGUCGUCGCUACAGCCAUUUUUUUUUAUUGAAAUUUGACACCCAGCCUUAAUUUUGUCCUAAAAUGUCUCUUGGCAACAUUUCUAAAUAUUUAUUUUCUGGUUAUUGUCAAAUCUGACAAAAUUUUAGUUUCAGGUCAGUGUUGAAAUUUUGUUUAGUCUAUUUUGGAUCUGGUGUAUUUUCUGCAUUUUUACGUAAAAAGUCGCUGAAUUGAAUUUUGUGGGUAAUCUACAGACAGGGGGCGCUGUUCCUCCACACUAAGCAGAAGAAAAGAGUUAGAAAAAUGACUUCCAGCAUGUUCCUCCUCAUCAACACAUGCCAGGGGAAGAAAAACUCUCUGUGACCCAUAGAAAACUUUCAGUGAUUACAAAUCCUCUCAGUCGUGGGCUCAUUUCAUUACAAUGAUCACACAACGUUACAUUUUUUUUUACAAUUAUGUAUUGAUGUUUUUAUUUCUACAUGUUGCUUCUACUCUCCAGUCACUCGUAAAAUAACAGUAUCAAACUUUCAGUUCACAAUUGCAAGGUCAAAUUAAUGUCUGAUGUUUUUUAUUUUGUUGUUAUAAUAUUUUCCGGACUACAUUUUCAUAAUUGAGCACUUGAAUCCGACUCUCUGUGUUUUCUGAAAUGUUGAUGCAACAUUAAAAUGUUCGUUCUAAUAGGCUGAAGACAGAAAUGAAGAAAUGUAAUAGUUUUGUAGGUUUAGUAUUUGUUACUUCACAGCAUGUUUAAUGCAUCUUAAAUACAGUCAGUCACAUGUAGUCAAAUAUGAUUUUGAACUAAUUUGAUGGCAAGUUAAAUCUCACAACUUUCCCCGAAGAAGAUAGAGUUUUUGGUAUUAUUCAUAUAUUGGGAUUUCUUAUCCAGAGAGUGAAGAAAUUUGUUAAAUUUGGUGCAAUAAUCUGUCAUAUAUAUUGUACUGUGGAAACUUUGAUACUAUCACUUUUUAUUAUUGUUGUAUUUUGAUACUGAUGUUCAAGGCCUUUUAUGAUUUUGUUUUGUUGGUGUGUGAUGUGGAGGUUACUGAAACACUUUUUUCCACUCACCUUUACCAAAGAAUAUGAUGUUAUCUAACUUUAGGCAUUUAUGCUAUUUGAUUAUAAAAAAAAAAUAUCCCAACCUCUCACAAAGUAACCUGAGCAUGAAAAACUCCUGUAUAAAAUGUAAAUGAAAAAGCACUUAGAGACCACUGUCCCAUAAAAGAUAGUAUGAUUGUUCGGGUUGAUGCAAAAACGUGUCAUUGCAUCUGAAGCCUCUACAAGUGUAAGUGUUGUAUGGACAGUUUAUUGAAUGCAUUGUAAAUUGCAACACAUUGACGAUAUAAAGUUAGUACCUUGUUUUCAUAUGUGUUAAUCUGCAUUGAAAAAAGUUCUCUCUUUAUAUAGAUUUCUAAUGUAGCCAUGUGCUUGAUGUUUAACUGAUAACUUUUGUUGAGGUUUUGAUUUGAUACCUGGGUGUCUCACUCUCUUUUUUACAGUUGUAUUUUUUGGGGGUUUGCAAAGUGCAAAGACUCACGAAGCUCUUUGCUUGUUUAAAAUGUAAUUUAGAGAAAUAAUUAACAGUCUGAUAAAUUAAAUAACAAAAAAAUUGAAUUUUCUUUUUCUUUUUCCAAAUUGUGCCAUCCUCAUCCUCAAAAUGACCAGCACGUUGUCCCGAUGAGAAACUCUCUGUAGGUUAAUCAUCUGUCCUCAUGUCAUAUUUGUUUAGCAAUUCUGGUUGUGAUGCCAAAGCAAGAUUUUGUUUAAUAGUUUUUGCUAUUACAAAUUUGAUUUAAAUAACGUUUUCAUGCUUCUAGAAAGGCUUUGGUUCCACUUAAGCCAUCUGUUGCUUAAAUGCUCACGAAAUUAAUGUCAUAUUAAAUAAGUUAAUUAACAGUACAAGCUGUGCAAAGUUUAUCAUCUAAUGCAGUGAUACAUAUUAAUUUAGCAUAGAACAUGGACAGAAAACCCCAGGGACAUGUUUCAGCAUCAUACUGAUUAAAAGACAAACUGUAAGUGAUACUGUAAAUGUCGACUGUGGUUAUGUCAGGGGGAGUGGGACGUUUGACUGCUCUCAGUAUCGAAGUGCACAUGGUUUAUGUAGACUAUAGGAAUAGAGACAAUGUGGUCAGCCAAGGGUUUAUCAUGGUUACGAUUUUGGUAAGAAUUUAAAAGCAGGACUUUUGCACCACCUGAGCUGAUGAACAUCACAACGGGGUUGUGUCAUGUUAUCUUGGACCUGUGGCUGUUCACAGACUAAAUGGUGGAAGUUAAAGACCUUGAGAUGACGACAGUGUAAUGACUGAUAUAUUUGCCAGCAUGUGAGGUCUGUAUACAUCUGUCUCACUAUGUAGGUUUGAGUUCUUAUCUAAAACAAUUUGUUAAAUAUAUGGACAUGGUGUAAGAACUUCUAUGUUGCUAAAAAAAAAAGUCCUCCCCCAUUUUUGUUUACUUGGUGAAAGGCGAUGGCAUUUUUAAUCACUUUGGGGAGGACAUCACAGAAAGGUAAAAGGAUGACUACAAAAGUGGAUUACCUUAAAUAGACUUAAUAAAGUGGUUAAUAUAUUGACAUUCCUGCCAUUUUUUGCUGUAAUAUUUCAAGUCAAAUCACUUACACAAAGCACAGAUAUUAAUAAUUGUUUUUUGUGAUUUUUCGCUCUCACCAUCUUCAGCAUUAAAUCAAGACAUUAAAUGUUCCUUUGUCUUUGGAUGAUAAAUUUAAAAAAUACAUUACCUCACACGAGCGCUUUUGAGAAGAUGUGAAGCUCAGUUAUGCCAAAAGUGCGACUGGAGAAGCCUGUAAAGCUUUGUACAAUAUCUAUUUUAUUCCUGCAUGAUUGUCGUGGAAUGUUCAAAAGUUGUGUAAUGAAUCUGAGAGUAAAACUGUCUGUUGAAAACUCUG